AUGACGAUGGAAAUGGAUAUAAGUGCCAUCAUAGAGCAAAUGGAGACGGGAGAGCAAGACAGCGCUUUGACGGCUCUACAGCGCUACAACAAGGAGAUGAACCAGUGCUUUACAUUCAGCAAGGAAGAAGAGCGGGACAGAGAGCAUCUGGGGGAGCUGGUGCUCACUUUCCUGAACAGGGAGCUGCAGCCUUCCUGUCAGCUGGCCUGUCUAGAAACGAUUCGAAUCCUGUCCAGAGACAAACACUGCCUGGAUCCCUUCAUCAGCCACUCCGCCAUGUCCACCCUGGCCCGCUACGCCGGCAUCGCCAUGGCCGGCGCUGCCACGCCUGCCGACAGCCAGCAGGUGGAGAGCCAAGUGGAAGGUGAGGGAGAAGAGGGGGGAGAGGAAGCUGAAGUAUCCAGUGAGGUGGUGAAGGAAGCCUCCCCUCCUUCAGAAAACCCUGACCAGGAAGUAAUUGUCGAGGGUCUCAAGUCCAUCUGUAACAUCCUGCUACACAAUGAGACAGGACAGGUGGUAGCAGCAGAUCUGCAGCUGAUAAAGGGUGUGGCAGAGAGGCUGAAGCAGUGUCAUGAUCCCACCUGGAACCAUGAGGUGCGCUUUUUUGACUUGCGCCUCACCUUCCUGCUGACUGCCACGAGGGUGGACAUCAGGGCACAGCUGGCUCAGGAGCUGCAUGGCAUCAGUCUGCUAGGAAACCAGUUGGAUGCCACGCUGGGUCUUUGUUGGCCAGAUACACUGGAGACGGCCAGGGCAGGGUCAGAGGACAUCCCACCUGAAGAGCUGCCCCCGCUGAGCCGGCAGCAGACAGAACUAGCCAUGGAAAUACUGAAAAUACUGUUCAAUAUCACAUUCGACACAACCAGGCGCAAGGUUGACGAGGAAGAGGCGGCGGAGUACAGACAUUUGGGAGCCAUACUGAGACACUGUCUAACGAGCCAUGCAGACGGAGAGGAGCGGACUGAGGAGUUCCACAGCCACACUGUUAACUUGCUGGGUAACCUCCCUCUGCCCUGUCUGGACGUGCUGUUGAUGCCCAAGGUUCAGCAAGGCUCCAUCGAGUACAUGGGGGUCAACAUGGAUGCUGUCAACAUGCUGCUGGAAUUCAUGGAGAAAAGACUUGACCGGGGACACAAGCUGAAGGAGACCCUCCUCCCAUCGCUGAACUUGCUGACUGAGAGUGCCCGCAUUCACCGAGAGACCAGGAAGUUCCUCAGGUCAAAGGUGCUGCCCCCGCUGCGUGAUGUGAAGAACAGGCCAGAGGUGGGCAGCGCUCUGAGGAACAAACUAGUCCGUCUUAUGACACACAUUGACACUGACGUCAAGGACUGUGCUGCUGAAUUCCUCUUUGUUCUCUGCAAGGAAAGCGUGUCAAGGUUCAUUAAGUACACUGGAUACGGCAAUGCUGCAGGUCUGCUGGCUGCCAGAGGACUGCUUCGGGGGGGCAGAGACUCUGGGAUCUACUCUGAAGAUGAAGACUCUGAGACAGAGGAGUACAGAGAGGCCAAGGCCCAUAUCAACCCAAUAACAGGAGUUGUAGAAGAGGAGCAGCCCAAUCCCAUGGAGGGAAUGACAGAGGAGCAGAAAGAAUAUGAGGCCAUGAAGCUGGUCGACAUGUUUGACAAACUCUCAAGGACCAGUCUGAUCCAGCCCAUGCAGCUGGGUAUGGACGGGAAGAUGAAAGAGAUAACUUCAGAGGAUAUGCGCAAACUGACCCACAAUCCUUUGUUCCAGCCAGAAGAGCCCGCCAAUUCAGACAGCGAAGACGAGGCUUAGUAAACACAGAAGCAGAAAGAUAGAAACAGAUUCAAGUCCUGCGACAACUGUGGAAGAGCUGUCUCAUUUUUUUAGUUGUUCACACGUCAUGCAGUCCAACAUGUUCCUGUUUUCUUAUUCUGGUGGAGCUUGGGUUUGUUCAGUGAAAACACAGCAUGGAGCACAUGGGAGGCAGCUUAAAGGGCCAAAUCAGUGGUUUUAUAUGUGCUACCCUGUCAGCUACAAAUCACCAGUGUUUUAUGGAUGACCACUUUCCAAAGAGCACCAUCAGUUCAUUUGUUUUCUCCCUCACAGACAUCUGUUCACUUCAUUACAUUAUGAAAACCAACCUGCUCAGGGGCGCAAUGGAGCACUACAACCACACCAGAGAGUGUGAAAGCAAAGGAAAUGGAUAUUUUCGCUGAAAUUCAUUCAUUUUACAAGCUCCCCACGGCUCGUUCUUUUGAUCGACAGCGAACGCUUUCAUCCACUCGGGGCAGCACACGUCAAAAAGGGGUGCAGAAUAUUCUAGGUGAUUCAUUUGCCAGCAUCUGGUCCCCUCGACUUGGUUGGACCUUAAAAAUAAUAAGUCCUUCAUGAAAGUCCAAAGUAUAGAAUUCUUGAUUGAUGACUGUUGAAUAAAAUAUUACUCUUGUUUCACAUUUUAUUUAAAAGAUACACUCCCUGGGGAUUGGCUGAUGGUUCCCUCAAGCGGCUAGUUACGCUUCUAUGCACGUUGAUUUUCAUAUUAUAAUGACAUGACUUGGAAGGUGGAGAAUUAGUCUGGAAACCGAUGAUAUGUUUUAGAAGGUGGUCAGUAUGGUCAUGUGAUCUGUGGAUGGCAAAAGGUAAACAAAGCAUCAGUAUGGUCCUUUAAAUCAUGCUCCUCUCUGGUUAAAUAUUGUACACACACUUGGAGUAUACACACAGAUACAACACAGCAGUGUUGGUUGUGUUUCUGACAACAAGUUACUUAUUGCUCAUACGUGCUGUUCUCACUUGAAUGGGAAACACUUCAUGCUUGUCCACCAUUCUGAUGCAGUGUUUCAGUGUGCCUGGGCUGUCUGUGUAUGUGCAGGUCAUCUUUAAACUUUGUCAUUUCUCAGUCAAGCCCACACACAUACUGCAUGCUGUGGACAUUGUGUUGACCAUUCUGAGCUCCAGAACCAAUCAGCACCUGACACAAAACCUGAACCUCAUACAGGGUCAUUUAUGUCUGCAAGCUUUUAUUACCAGCAUGUUUAAAAGGACUAAUAAUGGUCACACAGUCAGAGCAUGAAAUGAUGUCACGCUGUUUGCAGAGCACAAACUACAAACAGCUAGCUGAGGUCACCCAGCACCUCAUACCUGAGACCCCAACCACUAACAGCAUAGUAACCAGUAAGCAGUUUGAUGUGUUGAGGUUCCCUUCACCUCUGAGGCUUCUGCCACCACCUCAAAGCCCAGAGGUGAAUGGAAUUUGGUUUAUAAUCCGCAAAGCUUUGAAAAAUGAAAAUUUGAAAAACUCUGCAGCGCCAUGUCUUUCCAGAAACAACAUCCCAGUUGCUGCUGCCCAGGAUAAUCCACUGACCUCACUGCAGACAGACCUCUGUGUUCGCAGUGGAAACUAGUCUCUAGCUGUAUUUGAAGUUGAUCUUUGCAGGAACAUUUUUACAGGAUGUUGGAGCGCGAUGAGGUGAAGAUGUGUGUCAUUUCUACUUUUCAUGAGAGCAAAGGGAAAUGUUUGAAAUUUAGGCAAAGAGCUGUUCUUCAGUUUGUGAUGAAGGAAUUUAACUGUAUUUUUGAAAAAAAAACAGCAAUGAAUUUUAGAUGUCUGUUGUUUUUCAUAAAGACCUUCAGAUGUUUUAUUUUUAGAAAUGAAACAUGAAACUGCAGUCGGAUAAGUUUUAAUUUUAGAGUGAAGAUGAAAUAUUCUUAUGCAAAGAAAGACUAUAAUUUGAAACGCAUUAUAUAUUAAAUGUAUACUCCUUUA